AAUCCUUAUUUAGUUCAAGUCAGUCCUUCAACUCAAGAUGCAAUUUUUAGGGUUUUAAAAAUCAAAGCACCGGUUAAGUUAGGGUUUUAGUUCCUCUGCAAAACUGCAAGCAAGAAAGACCCUUCCUGUGCUACUUCCAAAACCGACCAGUUCCUCAAAUUCUUAGACAUGAGAGUAAAGAAGCAGAAACGCCACCGGCGGGCAGUGAGAUUUUACACAGCAUGUUUUGGGUUCCGUCAGCCGUACAAAGUCUUAUGCGACGGCACAUUUAUUCACCAUUUAAUAGUUAAUAACAUUGCUCCUGCUGAUACAGCUAUUUCUAACAUUCUUGGUGGCUCUGUCAAGCUCUUCACCACCAGGUGUGUUUUGGCAGAGCUGAAAAGACUUGGGAAAUCUUACACUGAAUCUCUUCAGGCAGCUAAUACGCUUAUGAUUGCAAGGUGUGAUCAUGAACAAAUCAAGAAUGCAGAGGGUUGCAUUGUGGAGAUUAUUGGAGAAAAUAACCCGGACCACUUCUAUGUUGGUACUCAGGAUACUGACAUGCGGAAGAAGUUUCAGGAGGUGCCAGGUGUCCCUCUCAUAUUUGGUCUGAGAAAUGCCCUCUUUCUUCAGCCACCAUCUGCAUUUCAGCGGCAGUUUGCCAAAAAUUCAGAAGAAGAACGGUCACAUAUGACCGAGAAAGAAGUCGCACUCUUAAAAAAGAGGACUAAGGACUUAGUGGAAAAUUGGGAAAUUGGAGAUUCUUCUGAUGAAAAUGGAGGUCCAGAAGAUGAAAAUUUGGAAAUGCAGCCUCAGAAAUAUUCUUCUAGAAAGGGAAUGAAGGUCAAGGAUAGACCUCAAUUCAAGAGAAACAAAGCUAAGGGUCCAAAUCCACUUUCAGUCCAGAAGAAAAAGAGUCGUCAAAACACAAACUCCAUGUCAGGGAAGGAAAGCAAAGGUGGUGAUGAGACAGUGAGAAGUAGAGGCAGGAAAAGAAAGAGAUCACGCAAAGGCAAAAGUUCUGCUCCAGCAGAAAGCUAAUGGUCUUCUUCAGCUAAAUGAUGGAUCUUCCAGUUGUGGCUUGUAUUGGAGUGGAAACUUCAAAGAGUGAAUUAAUUAUGCCGCGUUAUUGCAGAUAGAGGUACAGGGCUCAAUUAAAAAAAAAAUUCUGGCAUCAAAUCUGAGAAUUUAUUUACAAAUGUAAAUGUGGAUUAUUGCUUCUUUAUCCUAAGAACUUGAAGCAUUUACAUUUAGAAACUGAAGGAAAUUGGUGAUAUAUCUCCGAUGUCCAAGUAGCUCUGUUGAUUUUGAGUUGAUUCUAUUAUUUUCGAUAAGUAACAACUUUCUGGA